AUGAUUAUUCCAUUUGUUUUUGAACUUCGUACAGCUAUUGAUUGGACAUGGACAGAUACCUCAAUGCCUAUUUUUGACUUUUUUAAUAUGGAAAAUUUUUAUGCUGUUGUUUACAAUUUAAAAUGUGCUCGUAAAUUUGAAGAAGCAUUUCCUGCACCUCGAGGAGAACCUAAAGGGACUGUCAUUAAGUAUUUAAUGGGCUUACCAUUAAUUUUAAUAAUGAUUUUACUUGUUUGGUCACCAAUUAUUGCGUUUGCAUUAAUCAACACAAUUGGGAAUAUUUCUCCUCCAGAGAGUGCAAUAAUGACUGUCAGCCUUGAAGGAUUUCCUCCACUUUAUAAAAUGGAAGCAAAAGGUUUAGGAUUAAUGGCAAUAACACAGCAAGAAUAUAAUAUAUUAAUUAGUAAUUUUUCUGAUAUAAAUGGAAGAGAAUCAGAAUUAAAUACUGAUGUUGUUGAUAGAACAAGAAAAGCAUCUGCUUAUAUUACACAAUAUACAGCUAAAGAUAUUCUGAAAGUCAAAUUCCGUCCAGAAUCAGAAACUUUUUGGCAAAUUUCACCAGUCUCUUUAAUUGCCUUUCGUGACUUUUUACAAAACAACAAUACUGGAAAUUUAGAAUUAUCUUUUAAUUUUGAAUUUAAAAGACCACAAGAAGGAAAGAAAGAACCACAAAUUCAUAGUUUUACACAAAAGGCAAAAAUACAUGGAAGGGAAUUGUUGGAUGCUAUUGAUAAUCGUUCACAUUGGUUUCAAGUUUUAAAUGCUCUACCAACAUAUUUAGUAAUUCCUAGUGAGGGUGAAGUUCAAAUUGCAAAAUUAUUACAACGAGCUGCUGAACGUAGAAUUAAUUCUGAUUCACCUUCAAAUAUUACAAGAACAUUUAAUCAUUGGAAAAUGAGGCUGGUUGAGACUCCGACUUCCAACUCAACUUACUGGCUAAGUCAAAUGGAAUUUAAUGAAAAUAUUACAAAACUUACAGCAAUACCUUCCCCAGAAUUAAUUGAAUAUGGAUCGAGAGAUUUAAAUUAUACUGAAUUCUUGGCUUUAGUUGAUAGAGUUUUUCCUUCUUGGUUAAAUAGUUAUGUGCAGGGAGGUAUUAUUUUAAUGUAUGCCGGUAUUGUUCUCUUUGUUGGCCGUUUAAUUCGCGGAUUUGUUUCUUCACAACCUUUGGAUGUAAUUAUCAAUGAAAUUCCAAAUCCUGAUCAUUUAUUAAAAAUUUGUCUCGAUAUUUAUUUGGUCAGGGAAGCUAGGGAUUUUGUUUUGGAGCAGGAUUUAUUUGCAAAAUUAAUUUUCUUGUUCCGGUCACCUCAAACUUUGAUUAGAUGGACAAGAUACAAAACAAAACCCGAGUGA